AUGAUCGGAAUCUUGCAAGUGAUUGCUGAGGAGUUGCUGGUAAAAGUCGGAGUCGUGGGGAAAUGCAUUGGCCCGAAGGUUCCUCUCGAAAGUUAUGAUCUUCAUCUGUUCUCGAGAAACGACUCGGCAGAAGCGUGCAUUUUACGGUCACCUAAAGCGUGUAAUUGGAAUAUAAAUGUUGUCAACAGAUACCAGCAAAACUCUCCUAACGUGUGCAAUCGUGUGAGUGAGAUCACGGACAAGCACUGUUGGGAAGCAUUUGAGAAGUUGGUGAAAACCACAGAGGAGUAA